UUCGACCUCUGGGAGGAGGCGCUGUGGACUCGUGGACCCGCCCCGCUCCCGCGAGCCACCGAAAAACGCCGCGAAGCAAUCAGCGAAAGCAGAGCAGAGACCAAAAAGCGAAACUAAGCGGAGGAGUAGCAGGAAUCUUCUUCCUCCCCAGAGUCCAAAUCCCCCACCAACUACUACCAGGUACCAACACACACAGAUCAGGAGGAAGAAGCAAGCAGCAAAGCGCCCCGCGGCCGCUCCCGCGAAGAGCACUCCUUCGUUCUCUGUUCCCGUCGAUGGCGGCGGCGGCGUCGCACGUGUCCACGGCGCGGCGGCCGGUGCAGCGGCUCCGCCUCGUCACCGCGGAGCGCGCCAAUGGAGUCGCCGCGGCGGCGGCGGUGGGGAUGUCGAGGAGGGAGGCGCGGGCGGUGGUGGCGCUGCCGCUGCGGGCGCGCGCGCGGCGGAUCGAGGCGGCUGCGGCUGGCGCCGGGGGGAUGAGGAUGAGGAGAAGCGGGAGAGGGGAGAAGGCGGCGGCGGCGUGCGCGGCGGCGGGGCAGGUGGCGGCGGGAGGCGCCGGGACGGGGAGCAGGAGCGUCGGGAUGGAGGUGGCCCUGGCCACGGCGGCGGUCGUCGUCAUGGGCACCGGGAACCGCGUCCUCUACAAGCUCGCCCUCGUGCCGCUCCGCCAGUACCCCUUCUUCCUCGCCCAGUUCGCCACGUUCGGCUAUGUGGUUGUCUAUUUCUCAGUCCUGUUUCUUCGUUAUCAAGCUGGUGCUAUUACCGAUGAGAUGCUUUCUCUACCACAGAAACCAUUCAUUCUCGUGGGCCUCUUAGAGGCUCUAGCAGCAGCAGCAGGGAUGGCUGCUGGAGCUGUUCUUUCUGGGGCAUCAAUACCGAUAUUGUCACAGACCUAUCUUGUAUGGCAGCUUCUUUUGUCUGCUAUUUUUCUAAAGAGACGCUAUCGAGUUAAUGAGAUAACAGGAUGUUUUCUGGUGACAGUUGGUGUGGUAAUAACCGUAGCGAGUGGAUCUGGUGCUGGUGCUUCAUUACAAAGUACUGGAAUUUUGUGGCCACUACUAAUGAUAAUAUCAUUCUUUCUCCAAGCUGCUGAUACAGUAUUGAAGGAGAUAAUAUUUAUUGAUGCUGCCAAGAAUUUGAAGGGUGGCUCGGUUGACCUUUUUGUCGUCAACUCAUAUGGCUCUGCUUAUCAAGCUCUUUUUAUGUUCCUCUUGCUACCAAUCUUGUCGAAGUUAUGGGGUAUUCCUUUCCAUCUACUACCAACAUACAUCAGAGAUGGUGCUGCUUGCUUUCUAAAUAUGGGAUCUUUAUCUUCUGGCUGUGAAGGGGCUCCACUGCUACCACUACUAUUUGUGUUGGUUAAUAUGGGAUUCAAUAUAUCUUUGCUACACCUACUGAAGAUUUCUUCGGCUGUUGUAUCUUGUCUAGCCUCUACAUUCUCAGUUCCACUCUCCAUCUACGCGUUCACCCUGCCGCUGCCGUACAUCGGUGUCGCGUCAUCCCUCCCUCCCGGCUUUGUUGCAGGUGCAGCAGUUCUCAUCGCCGGCUUAUUGCUCUACUGCCUCCCGCAGGCACAAAAUUCUGGCAACAGGAAUGACUAGCUAACAAUUCAUCUCUUCCCCCCCUUGUACCUAACCAUGGUUCUUCUUCGUCUGGGCCUGGGAAGGCAGAGCAGAAGUUCUCCUGACAGCCGCCCGACUGUUGUAGUCUGUUGUAUGGAUAGGUCAUAAUCAUAUAGGGUUAUCAAUAUAACUUAUCAUCAUAUAUAUCCAAUAAAAGCAAGGGAAGUGCAGCAUGGGUAUAAGAA